UCGAAUCUGCUAAUAGCAGGGUUUAAAUAAUUUGUACAAAAUCGUAGAUUCAAACUUUAUUUACAACAACAAAAAUUCUCACACAACCCAUUACUCCAUUAGGAAUAGUCGAAUGUCAAGUGACCUUCAUUUGUCAUUGGGAAUUGAUUCCUAAAAUUUGACGAAAAGAGAUUACAGGGAAAGUGGGAAACAGUAGAUGAUCCCAAUGGGAAUUGGCAAAAUUGGAGAUCAUCGACCAUAGAUAUCAAGGUCUGAAGUUGAACCAAUGGAUUGUACAGCUGCAAGGAAAACACAAAAGGCUGACCGAGAAAAGCUAAGGAGGGAUCGAUUCAAUGUACAGUUUGUAGAACUGGGUAACAUUUUAGACCCUGAUAGGCCCAAAAAUGACAAAGCAACCAUUCUAGGUGAUACAAUUCAAUUGCUAAAGGACCUUACUUCUGAAGUCAGUAAACUUAAAGAUGAAUAUGCUACUCUAAAUGAAGAAUCUUGUGAGUUGGCUCAGGAGAAAAAUGAACUCAGAGAAGAGAAGGCUUCUCUUAAAUCGGAUAUUUUGAAGUUGAAUAAUCAGUAUCAGCAACAGCUCAGGACUGUGUCUCCAUGGACUGCAACGGAUCAUUCAAUAAUGCUAGCUCCACCAUCAUAUCCAUAUCCAGUGCCAAUGCCAAUACCUCCUGCUCCUAUUGCCAUGCAGCCAUACCCCUUCUAUGCUAAUCAACAUUCUGCAAUCAUCCCUAACCCUUGUUCAACAUUUGUUCCUUAUUUAGUCCCCAAUACCCUUACUGAACAGCGAUCCACCCAGUACAUGUCGCCACCUGUUCAUCCAGGUUUUCGGUCCCAUGUGUCAGGAAAACAAGAGUCCAGAAACAAAUCAUCCAAGGAGAGCAAGGCUGAAAAACAUGAGGAUUCUAAUGAUGUCACUCUGACUCCUGGGUCUUCUGCUGAUCAGGAUUUAUCAUCUGGACAAAGAAAAUCUAGCAAGUUGUCAAGGAAGGAAAGCAGUUGCACUGAAGUGAGUUCUUUAGAUAGGUGCUCUUUGUCUUGUAGCGUUCAGGAUAGUUCAUCAAGUAGUGUAGUUCACAAGCACAAAGGCUAAUGAAUGAGAAAUGGCACAAUUUUGGUCAAGUGCUUAUGAUGAAGUUUUUCCAUUGUUUUAACUGCUGCAACUGUCUGGAGGCAUAAGUUAUUUGUGGUCUUAUUAAAAAAGAAGUAACUUCUGUAAUCUCUCCCUGACUAGGAAUUUAUUCUUAAGUAGGUUUAAAUACUAAAAAACAAAAAAAAUACUAUACCCAAACUUUUUCUUGCUGGGGAAAAUAUUGGAAGGUUUGGAUCAUUGGAUGUUAUAUAGUUAUUUCUUGUAAAAAAUUGAAAGUGCAGGUGAAAAAUCUCCCAAGUUGAUGAUCAUCGUGGCUAAUGUGUAGGGGAGGUGUAAAAUCCCUUCACCUAUCGGCCAUCAACCAGAAAUUGCAUUUGUACUAUAUAUAUGUAUAAUUUUUUUAUACAAAAAAGAAAGAUAUAGAAAGAGAAUUACAAAUGUGAGAUAGGAUUGUUGAUAUAAUUGAGAGAGAGAAAAAUAAAAAGUAAUAUUAUUGUAAGAAUGCUAUAUAAAUAGUAUAACUAUAUAUAAACUAGACUCUGAAUGUUGCUAUGUAUUAGUUAAACUAUAUAUAAACUAGUACGUAGUCUAUUGAGAGAAAUAUGUAAGAGAGAUCUUCUUUGAGGUUUUCUUAGUAAUUGUAUUUUUCUCUUUAAUGGAGAGCGCUAGUGUGUUCUUUUUAUGUUUUCAGAGAGAAGUGUUGUAAUUUCUUUCACUUUUUUUCUUCUUGUCCAUUGCGAUUUCAAAUGUUCUUUUCUCAUAUUUUAUUUUAGUUUAGUUAUUUUUUAUACUCUAAUAUGAGUAUUAGAGUUAGUAAGUUGUGAUAUUGUUUCACUUUGAUUUAUGUUGUUAUGGUGUUGAAAAAAACAUUCUUAUUAGGCUUUGUGGUUGUGAUGUAGUUUGAUCUGUUACAUUAGAAAAGAAUUAUUUUUGUUUUUGGAUGUAUAGUGAGGUAGUGUGAAAGUUCAUGCAUAGGAAAAUUUUGGCUAUGGAAAGACUUUGCGUUUAAGUGUGUCAGUUGGUGACCGCCUUUUUCCUGGAAACUUUGGUGUACUAGUUCACGGUCUUCAGUCAGUCACUGUUCCAUGUUCCAGUAGGUUGUACUAUUUACGGUGGAAGUUGUGGAAGUUAGUUCUUUAGUGUGAAACCAUGGUUUCAAAAUAUGAGAUAGAAAAGUUCAAUGAGAGUAAGUUUUCUCUGUGGAAAUUAAAGAUAAGAGUAAUUUUGAGGAAGGACAAUUGUCAAAGAUGAAAUUGAAGGCAGACUUGUGGAUAUUUCUGAUGGAAGGUGGAAAGAGAGGGAUGAAAAUGCUGUUUCCAAUUUGCACUAAGUAAUGGCUGGCUUAAUUUUGUCCAGUAUUACGGAGAAGAAGACUGCAAAGGAAAUUUGGAAUACUCUCUACAAAUUGUAUGAGCGAGAUACUCUCCACAAAUAGUCUGAGCUUAAGUCACUUCACAUCAGAAUAUUUUUGAAAAGGAAACUCUACACUCUUUGAAUGAAUGAGUCCACUUUGGUGACAGAUCACAUUAACAAUCUGAAUACUUCAUUUGCCAGUUUUCCGAGUCAGAUUUCAACAUAGAAGAAAACCAGCAGGUGAAGCUUCUACUUCAGAUUCAACCAGCUACCAGAUUCAUAUGAUCAACUCAUCAUCAAAAUAACAAAUAAUAAUAUUGUUGGCCGUUUAAUCUUUAAUGAUGCUGCCAGAGCUAUUCUUGAAGAAUUCAGGCGGAAGAAUAAGGAGGACAUGUUGGAAAAUUCCAAGCAAGUAGGGGCUUUAACAAUGACGAGACGAAGAUCAAUGGAACGUGGCUCUAGUGGGGGUCAAAAUCAUGGUAGAUCAAAGUCUUGAGAAGUAGGAAGAACCUCAAAUGCUAUAAUUGUAGCAAGUGAGAACACUUAAAUAAGGAUUGUUGGCACAAGAAGAAUAGAGGAAAGAAUUUUGAAGCAUCAACUUCUCAAGGUUCUGUUGCAAGUACCUCAGAUGAUGCACAGUUUCUCCUUUGAACUUCUCUUAGUCGUUGUAUUCUCCUGUUUAAUAGAGAGUGUUAGUGUGCUCUCGGUGUUUAGAGAGAGAAGUGUUGUAAUUUCUUAGUUUAGUUGGGAGUUACUAUUUUCGAUACUUUGAUACCCAACACAUCAUUUUUCAGUCCAACUAUGGUAAUUAGAUUCUUGAUUGAAUCUUGACAUGGGUCUAAACAAUAGAACUAAUGCCAGCACGCCAGAGAUACUCUUUGCAAGUUUCUCUUUUUAAUCA